UGAUGAGAAGGGUUGAAGAAAAUCACCAUGCAAGUUCCCUGCAGUUAGCUAAAGAAUUAGGAAGUCAAACUGGAGGGAUUGUUUCCUUUGACACAAUAUGGCAUACACUGCAGAGGAAGGGCAUGUCCGGGGGGGUUGUCCAUGAAGGAAGCCUCUUCUAAACGCCAUACACAAAAAUGCCAGGCUAGAAUUUGCCAGGGCCCAUGAUAAAAAAGAAGAAGACUACUGGGACUCUGUACUCUGGAGUGAUGAGACCAAGAGAAAUGUUUUUUGGAACUGAUGCCUUCAAAAUUAUAUGGCAUCAAAAAGAUGAGGAGUACAAAUAAAAAUGCAUGGUGCCUACAGUGAAACAUGAUGGUGGCAGUGUCCUUCUGUGGGGCUACACGAGUGCUGCUGGUGUUGAGGAGCUGCAUUUCAUUAAUGGUAUCCUUGGUCGUUGUGCACUUUUUCUACAUGACAUUGAUCCAAAACACACAUCUAAGGCCAUUGUUGCAUUUCUGAAGAACAGGGUGAAAGUGAUUCAGUGGCAAAGUAUGUUUCCUGAUCUGAACCCAAUCGAACAUCUAUGGGGAAUUGUG